AUGGUGCAGGGUGCCAUCAAGAAGACCAAGGCCGCUGCGCCAAAACUUACACAGCGCAAGCAGACUGGAUCGCGCGUGAUCAAGCCUAAGAAGGCGACUCUGAUCAAGCACAAUCAGAUGAAGAAGAAGCAUUCUUCUGGUCUGGCAGCUGUGACAGAAAAAUCUCUCGCAUCUCGGGCAGGUCAUCUGGAACUUUUGCGUGGUGGAAAGAAAGAC